AAUACCCUGGAUCCAUUUUGUCAGUUGUCACGUUGUCUAGGUUUGAAAAGGCUGUAAAGGCUCAGGUCAGAUCAAUCAGGGUGAGUAGUUUAUUUGGCAUUGGUAUGCGUUAAUGCGGAGCCUAGAAUGCUACUUGGCACAUUUAGUAUGUGGUGUACGUCGGUACAAGCAUCAUGUCGGUACAUGGAAACUGUGUGACACAGAAAGCUGGGAAGCGCCCUGAGAAAACCGCUAUCUUUCUUCGAAUCAUUUGUUGGACAAAAAUCCCGACGACAAGACAUCGAAAUUUCAGAGACACCAGGAUUAGAACUCACGACCUCUUGGUGAAAGGAUGAGGGGGCGCCUCGAUCUAGAGCUGGAACAUACUGUUAUGGUGGUUUACCUAGGACCAGGGGACGGAGACGCUGUCUACAAGUUCUGACAUGGGGACGGCUUUCGUUACACCACAGAAUCCGUUUCUCACGUCAGGGUCGGGUAGACCUGUGCCUGAAUGAGAUGCUGCUCCAGGUCUGCUGAAGCCGGCGCCCUCCUCGCUUCGUCACUUCCCCACCCUCGGAUCUGCCCCUCCUCUCCAUCCUACACCGCUAGGCAGUGCAUCCAGGAUGUUCCCCAGGGACAGAGCACGUGACGUGGACCGCGGCUGGGCCUGGCUUGUUAUGCCAGCGGCAAUCCUCGCUCAAAUCAUCAUUGCCGUGUUGUUGUAUAGCUUAGGCGUCAUACAGAUCGUCCUGCUAGACACGUUCGAUGAGGGACUGGUGAAAACAUCCUGGGUACUCAGUAUCACUUCCUGUCUCCUCAGUCUACCAGGUCCGUUCAUUGGAUUCUUGACAAACAUGACCAGCUGUAGAACGACCAUGAUGCUCGGCAGCCUCCUCAUCUUCAUGGGCUGUACAUCCAGUGCAUUUGUCACAAGACUGGACCACCUGUACGUCACUCUCUCCCUAAUGACAGGUAUGGGUGCGAGCAUGGUAUAUACACCUUGCUUGGUGGUUAUAGGGUUUUACUUCGACAAGUAUCUGAGCGUGUCCAUUGCUUUAGUUGUCACGGGUGGAGGAAUUGGUAUGGUAGCUGGGGCUCCGCUAAUUGGAUUCUUCGAGAAUGUUUUCGGCUGGCGUGGGAUGUUUAUGAUGUUGGCUGGGAUUAGCGCCAAUCUGAUUCUCUCCGCCAUGAUCUGCCGACCGAAUAGCGUGGAGAGGUCCCAUUGGGGAAAUCGUGCUGAUGAUUCCGACCCUUCAGGAGCCCUCAAGGAGAAACCAUCUCUGGAUGACCCUCCUUCUGCGCCGGGGUCUCGCUGGAAGAAAACGAUCAAAACUUCUCUGAAAGUCGUUCUUAGCGUGCCUAUGCUUUUGUUUUGCAGCAGUAUUUUUCUGUGGAGUAUAACCAUAUCAUUGGUGAACCUGUAUUUACCCAGCUACGUGGUGUUCAACGGAGCCACCAUGACACAGUCUGCGCUUCUCUUCACCGUCAUGGGCGUCUGUAACAUUGUCUCGCGACUUCUCGCGGGAUUUACCGUGGCCUUCGUGGACAAGUUUGUUUUAUACUCUGCUUCCUUUGCCGUAAUGGCCGUGUUGGUGACAGGGUUUCCCUUCAUUCCUCCCACUUUCACAAUGUCCAUGGCAUUUGCGGGUUUAAUGGGACUGUGCACAGGAGGACCUUACGUAGUGUUGACGUCAAUGACGAAAGACUUGGCCGGACUGGCGCACCUUGCCACAGCCUUUGGCAUCGAAAUGAUGGUAUCGGGAACUGGCUCCUUGAUAGGACCUCCUGUGGCAGCUCUCUUGGCUGAGUCUUCUGGGUCUUACCUGUGCAGCUUUGUGUUUGCAGGUAUCUCCUGUGCAUGUAGCGCAGUCUUGGGUUUCGUUCUCAUCAAGUUCAAGCACCCCAGGGACGUCGCGGAGCUAGACAUUAACAACCCGGAGUGUGUAAGCCCUCCCCAUUCGCGGCCCAGCAGUGUGCUAUACGCGAGCCAGUUGUCUAUACCAGGAGUUCCGUCCCCUUACCUCGAAAUCAGAUCCAGAACUGUCCAACUGCAAGUUCCCAGCGCUGAUUAAAUACGGAGCACAGCAUGUAGCGGAUGUAUUUCCUUCCGCAGCAUUUGUUUAUUUGAUUGGUGUUUUACGCCGUACUCAAGAAUAUUUCAAUUAUAUGACGGCGACCAGCACGAUAGUAGGAGGAAACCGGGCAGAGUCCAGUGGAAACCCACGACCAUCCGCAGGUUGUUUCCAGACCUUGCCACAUACCCUUCCGCAGUAAACAUAUUUCAUACGGUUUAGUUUUUAUUCUGAAUGUUCCUCAUUUCUGUUUUUUUGCGCUUUGCGAUAUAACAAAAACGUUUGCAAUGUUUCUCGUCUCUAACAGUUCAUGUCACAAGCGUAUACGUCAUCAUCGAAUACAUUCUAUCAACGACAUAGGUGUUUUCGUUUUCACAUCGAAU